AUGUCAGACCUAUUGAAUAAAAUAACAUCCCCAUUACGUGGAGGCGGUUUUGGAUCUAUUAAAAUAAUUCCUAACACAGAUGAAGUCUAGAAGCCCUAUAUUUAAGAGAUAGAAAAUUUCAUUACUAGAUUUGAUUCUUUUGUCUAAACUAUAUAGACUAAAGCAGCUGUUGCUGCUAAUUAAUCAGAUGCUUAAGAAAUAAUGAUUUCAAUAUGAUGGAUUAUCUUUUUAGAGGAAAACAUUUACAAACUCAUCAAGAAUUCUUCCAAAGUCUUGAAAUCAUACAACUUAAUUUUAGAUGGAAUCCUAAAAUUAUUGAAAAGUUGUUUAUUUUAUAUCAGAACAGAUUCAUUUAAACUAUUAUUUAUCUUAACUUCAGCUUCUCUAUCUAAAGUGAUAUUUAGCUUCCAUAUAAGAAAGGAUUAGAGAUUUAUGAACUGUGAUACAUAAAAGCAUAUUUGUGAAGAAUUAAGAUAAUAAAUGGAAAUAGAGAAGAAUGAUUUGAUUCAUACUUAAUUGGAACUUUACCUUUUCCUAACCAAAACAUCUUUUCAGAUGGCCCCAAAUGAUAGUAAAGAAAGUGAUGAUAUUUUACAAGGUUGUUUAAAUGGUAUCAUUAAUUCAAUAAUUGAUGUAAAACCUAAUACUGAAUUGCUUAUAUAAUUGUUUCAUGGAGCCUGCCUACUUUACAAUACGUAUGCAGUUUAAAAAAUAGAGGAUAAUAUGAACUUUAUUUUUAAAUAAAUAUGUUGUAAUUGGAGAUCCUUAAUAAUUAAAAAAAUGACAACGAACUGAAUUUGGAAUAAAUAAUCCUUCAAAUUGAGAAAACACAUGAAAAAUUCAAGGAAUUGGAAAUAUCAUUUUUUUUGGAUCUAAAUGAUUGGAAAAAUCCUAAUAUAUAUUUCUCUUAAAACAAAAAAAAAAUAAAAGCUCACCAACUCUUAAAUCUUAAAGAAAAAUGGAAGGAAUAUCUGAAAAAAGGGUUUCUAAUAAAAAUGAAUCAUAGCAAUGACUAAGCUAUUAUUUUACUUAAUGAAUUUAACAAUAAUGAAUUAACCUAAGUUGAUAUAUUAAUACUAGUUGACACUUUCAAAGAAUGGGAAAACCUUAUACUGCUAAAGGACUUCUUAAUGAAUGUAAAACAAUAAAAUGACUAUUUCUCAUUUUGUUUUUAUUUACAAUUAGGAAGAAUACAAAACUAAGAAAAUGAAGUAGUUGGAAACAUUUAACAAUUUUUUAUUUGAUUAUUUCGACUAAAUUACUGGCUUUAGUUCAGGAAAAUUACAAGAAAUUGGGAGUCAUAAAGACAAAUUAUAAAAUUUUAUCAGAUAAUAUACGUAUUAUAAAAUCACAAAAGAAUAAGCCAAGUAUAAUUCUUAGUUAAAAAAUAUGAUUUUCGAUUUCAUAAAAUAUUUCCAAAAUACUCAAAAAAUCAUAAAAAUUAUUAGGCUUAAUUUAAUGAAAUAAUAUUUUUAGUUGGAAUAACUUGAAUAGAAAAAGAUUAAUGAAUUUAAGGUGUUUCACUAACUUAAAUAUAUUAUGAGACUAUUAGAAAUAAAUAUUAUCAUAAACAAAUUUAGAUUUUAAGGAUUAGAAAAAUGA